UCCAGAGUUCAGACACCUUGAGAUAGUUGAGGAGAGCGGAGUUCUUGAUUUGUUUUGGUUUGUGGUUUAUACCUGGUUUCGAUUUCCAGCAUGACUCGAACUGUAGAGUUAGAGCCUUCAGGUUCCGAAUAUGUUUCAACUGGAAGCCCGAUUCUUUCUGAUUCCCCAAAGAUAUACAGCGUUGAUGCAGUUAGAAAAUAUGACCUAAGCCUUUCAAAGAAUAAAGACCUUCAAAAAAACAGCCCCUCAGCAUGUGAAAUAAAAAGAACUAGUGAAAUGACCAAUUUUAUGGAUGACUUGAGCUUAAAUUCCCCAAAAGAGAGGCAAUCCAGGUCAAGGUCAAAAACACAUUCUUACAAACGGAAAUCCUCAAGGUCAUCAUCGGAUAGUUCUUCUGAUUCUUGUUCUUCGAGCUCAAGCUGUAGCCGUUCAUGUUCCAGAGACCGAAAAUAUAGACAUAAAACAUCACGACGCAGUUCCCGGUCAUAUUCCAGGAGCCAUUCAAGAUCCUACUCUAGAGAUCGUUCCAGAUCCUACAGCCCACGACAUAGGAGGAGAUAUUCUCCUGCUUACAGAAGGUACUACAGAUCUCCUCCACGAUACAGAUCACGUUCUCGAAUGGGAUCGGUUUACAGUAGCUGUUAUUCUAGAAGCAGAUCAAGAUCUCGAAUGGGUUCAGUUUACAGUAGCCGUUAUUCUAGAAGCAGAUCAAGAUCUUGCGGAAGAAAGUAUUAUGGCUUUGUCAGAAGACCUUACUCUCCUACAUUCCGAAGCUGGAGAAGUCGAUCAAGGACUCGUUCUCGCAGCCGUACUCCACUGAGAUUAAGUGAAAAAGAAAAACAGGAACUGUUGGAGAUAGCGAAAAAGAAUGCUUCAAAAGCACUUGGCAAAGAGGUGGAAUUACCAGAAAGCUUGAGAAAAGAAAAGAACACAAGUAAAACUUUAGAGCAAACUGAAACUGAACAUGGGAAAGAGGGCAGAAGUGCCAAGUCUGAGAGAGUCUAUUCUUCUAAUUUUUUUGGCUCAGAAGCAAAAUCUGUUCAGAAUCUUACAGGAACUUCCUUAAAAGAACAAAGUUCAGAAGCCAAACAGAAAAGUACCUAUGCUCUUUGGCGACCUGUGACAAGCGCAAAUAAAUCCUUUUCGAAUAACUUGUCUCCCAAAAACACACAUUCAACAAAAAUGCGCUAAUCUGACUGCUUGUCUUCUAGAAGACUUUUUUUUUAUAAUACUUUGUAAACAUUACAGCCUUUUUAUACAUUUUAAAACCGAUUCAGGGCUUUCUCACAAGGGCAUUCUAUGAGUUUAGUUACUCCUAUGACAUAUGUUUUGUUUUUUUCCCCAGUGAUUUGUAUGUUUAUAUUGAUUAGGUUUUAUUUUUCAGAUGUUGCCUAAUAACUGAUGGACACCAAACUGCAGGUGGGAUAUUUAAAUGUUAAUUUGUAAAUAUUUGUAUAUUUAAUGCAUGUGUAGAUGUCCAUUCAUUUCCAUGUAUUUUUUUAAUAUAUAUUUUAAAAAGCUAACCUUAAAACCAAUCUGAGCAAAAUUGAAGAAUUUUUUUUUUUCUUCACAAUGCAAAAUCCAUUGUUCAGUUUGUUUCAUACUUAAUUUCUUGUGGAAGUUUAGCUAAACAGCACUAUCAGUUGUACUUUAAAGUCUUUUGUAUCAAAACUUUCUUGGUUUGUUUAUUUAAAUUGUGUAAUUAUCAAUAAAGAUUAAUUUGCAUAAAUAA